UAACCCUUCUUUAUUUUCUCUCUCAUGAAGACAUUAAACACUAUAUAACUCACCUCUUCUUUCACUCUACCAAUAUCCCAUCAUCACUCUUAUUCACUUAACCAAAAAUAUGAGUAGUGUUUGUCCAGAACACAAAUUCCAACUCCAACUUCUCUCCCUAGAGAAAUACAAUAGGGACAAUGACACCCCACCAAGGAAGCUCCUCACCCAGCGCGCCACCGUGUACGACGGUGGCCACUAUGACUAUGACUCUGAUGAUGACUCCGGCGACCCCUACGCCUCCGACGAAUUCCGUAUGUAUGAAUUCAAGGUCCGGCUGUGUAUGCGCAGCCGGAGUCAUGACUGGACAGACUGUCCCUUUCAGCAUCCCGGCGAGAAGGCACGUCGCCGUGAUCCUCGCCGGUAUCACUACUCAGGGUCAGUCUGUCCAGAGUUUCGCCGCGGCAAUUGCAGCCGCGGCGAUGCAUGUGAAUUUUCUCAUGGAGUGUUUGAGUCCUGGCUGCACCCUGAUAGGUAUAGAACCGAGGCUUGCAAAGAUGGCAAGAAUUGCAAGCGAAAAGUUUGCUUCUUCGCUCACACCCCUCGCCAACUUAGGGUUUUGCCUCUAGACAAUGACAACAACAUCCGCAACCAAAAGUGUUCAAUUAUGACCCCUCAUAGUAAUAACAACAAUAACCAUGGUUGUCUGUUUUGUCAAUGCUCUUCUUCUACAUGCUCACCAACCUCUACCUUGUUUGGUGUGUCUCAUUUUUCUCCUACUUUGUCACCUUCCUCGCCUUCUUCCCCUACUAGGUUUGAGACUGAUGACCCUCAUGAAAGUGUUGUGAAGGAUGUGUUGUAUGAUAUUGUGUCUUCCAUGGAUGGUUUGAAUUUCGGUGAGGCUUCACCCGUGUCUGCUUCAAAGCCUCGCAAUUUGUCUUGGCUUAAUGUUUCUGAGCUUGAUGUUUCUGAGAAUCAGCAACAGUUCAUUUUUUCACCAACCAUCACUGCUGGUGGAAGGUUUUCCAACAAUGGGAAUGGGAGGUAUCUGAGGGAAGAAAGUGGGGUUGUUGCAGAUGAUGUCAUUGCCCCAGAUCUCGCGUGGGUUAAUGACUUGCUGAGGUAGAUUGUUAUGCAUUGAAGAUGGUGAUAGAAGUGGUCAUGCUGGAAAUUGUGACGAGGAUUCAACAAGUGUACAUACAUGUGGCAGCAAGAAACUUAUUCUUGGCUUCUAUUGUUACAUGUUAAAUUGUUAAUUAUUGUUUUAAGUUUAUUGCUUUCUAAAUUUGUUUAAGGUUGUCUAAAUAGGUAAUUCUGUAAUUUUUAUGUUCAUUAGUUAGAUUUAUAUUUUGCUUUGUGUAGAAAGGGAAAUCCAUUCAUUCAAUGGGAUGUUGAACUUUUCUUUUCUGUUUUGGACAUUUUGUUAAUUUUGUAUAUCCUCUUGCUAUUGUGAUAAUUCUAAAUUAUGUGCGUUAAGGUCA